ACCAUCUAUCGCAAUUCAGUGAAAUAAAUUUUGCGUGAACGAUGGCGGCAGUAAUAAUUAAAUUUUUUAAAUGCAAUUUAUUAUCGAUUACUGGAGUGGAUACAGUAUGACUUCAUCGUACAAGACAAUUUUAAGGAAAUUUUACGUUCCAUAUUAAAGGCUUGGAAAUGUUUUAUUUACACCCACCGAGAGGUCAAACGGCCUUUCAUAUAAUUGAGGAUUGCGUAUUCACUAGAAUUGAAUAUCUAGCACUUUUGUACCGUAAUGAUGCUGAUAAAUUUGAUGGUAAUUUUGAAUACCUCCUAGAAGAUUCAGGCUAUGACAAAUUAGGUCACUUUAUCUUGAGACUGCUCUCCACUACCUCCAUAGAUCUAUAUUCUUAUUGGAUUACAAGAGAAACGCUAUUGUUUAUGCACAGAUUAAAUCAUAUAACUGUUAAACAGUUAUAUAGACUCAUGAAAAAAAUAGCAGCUGAAAUGCUGGAAAAGGAGGAGAAGUCCAUACUUGAAAAUUCUUUACUUGAAAUAAGUAAAUUCUUGGUGCAGCCUCAGGUUCUCAAUCAUAUUUUAUCCAGUGAGCAUACCAGUGAUUGUGAAGCUUAUCGCUGUAAAUUGAGAUUUGAAUCUGUACCAGAUUUGGUACAGAUGAGACUUUUGUACUUGGAACAAGGUUUCUGCAUUGUUCCAUGCUCAAAAUGGAAAGAAGUAUUGCAGUCAUUAUUUCACAGAUUUGUAAAAGAUGAAGUGUUCUUUAUGAAUUCAGAAUUAUCAUCAAAUAUUAUAGAAUGUGAUUCCCGGUUACAUUCAUUAAAUCAAAGAGUACAGUAUCAAGUACUCAGAGAGGGAUUUGGUUGUGGGAGAAUAACUGUAGGAAACGUAGAUGAGGAGGCUAAGAAAUUUCCACUGUGCAUGUAUCAUUUGCAUAGGACACUAAGAAGUCGACAUAGACUUAGUCAUUAUGCACGGUUUUACUAUAGCCUUUUCUUAAAAGAAUGUGGCAUGAAGCUAAGUGAUGCCAUACAUUAUUGGAAAAAUGAAUAUUCAAAGCCACAUAGUUGCACUUCUGUUUGUUCACAUAACUGGCAAUCCAGCGAGAAGAAGUUUCUUUAUAGCAUUAGACAUUUAUAUGGCUUGGAAGGUUCACGAAAGAGUUACCAUGCUCCAAGUUGCAGUGUAAUAUGUAAACAGUCUACAGGAUCACGGUACGAAGGAGGCUGUCCUUUCAUACACUUCGACAAAGCUGUCCUCAGAAGUAUCUUAACAGAUCUGCUGACGGAAAAACAAGUUGACAAUUAUAUAAAGAGCCUUAGUAAGCAAGAACCUGAAAAAGCAUGCACAGCUUUAUUUAAACUGAUGCAAAUACAAAAUGGUGGAGACAUAACUAUUCGCAGCCCUGUGCAAUUUUAUUUAAGAAUGAUAGAUCCUAAUUAAGUAUUAAUAAUUACCUAUACAAGAUUUUUAUAUAUUCUGAUACCUAACAAAAUCACCAAAUAUUAUCACGAUUAAAUGAAUCAAUUAUUGACUAUCAA